GAGGGGGAGCCUAUGAAUUUAGCUCCGCCUGGCCCAAGGGGAUCAUAUAAGCCUGUCUGCCUGAAAGGGCAGGGAGGCUGAGGGACACAGAACAUAAUAAACGGCAGCCAUCAUGGCAAGACAAGCAGCCAAAACUCUAUGGUAUGACCGUCCGCGAUACGUAUUUCUAGAAUUCUGCGUGGAAGACAGCAGGGAUGUAAAAGUGGACCUUGAUGAUUACAAGGUAAUAUUGAGCUGUAAGAAUGCUGAUGGCAUUGAAAUAUACAACGAGAUUCAGUUUUAUGCUAGAGUAAAUUCCAAGGAUUCCCAAAAUAAACGGUCAGGCAGGUCCAUCACACUCUUUGCACGCAAGUGGAAGGAUAAAGUGCCAUGGCCACGUCUGACCAAAGAAGAUAUCAAGCCAGCAUGGCUCUCAGUGGACUUUGAUAACUGGAGAGACUGGGAAGGAGAUGAAGAGGUGGAAGCAGCCAUGGUCGAACAAUAUGCAGAGCUCAUGCAAAAAGUCACUAAAAAAGAUCCACCCCCAGCUAUGGAUGAUCUUGAUGAUGAUAGCUGAACGGGCACACCUCUCUGACUAGACUGCUAUCUUAGUUUACUACUGCUACAGUCAGCAGUGACAUGGGAUUAUGCUACAUACUGGCUAAAGCCUAGAUCAAGGAAGCAGAUGCGACAUGGCAAAGUGUUUCAAAUGUAUUUAUUUUCAAUAAGUAUAAAAAUAUUGCAAUGUAAUUUUUCUGGAUGACUUUAAUAAACAACUCUUUGCACCAACUCUGGGGGUGAAGUUGGCCCUAAA